UUUAAGACCCCCAUUUGCAUUAUUUAAAAUCGUCGUUUUGCUGAGAGUGUGAGUCGUGCUUGCAAUCAUCUCUCUCUACUCUCUCUCUCUACUCUCUCACACACACUGAACGCGCACAGUAAUUGAUACGAUCGUACAAUUAUUGUUCAUCAGAAGAUCUUCAAUUGGAAAAAGUGACGAUGCAUCGUCUUCUUCGAUUGACUCUCAGGAACGCCAGCCAGGCUGGUUACUGCGUGAAGGAAAUUUCAGCCGGUAAAAAUUUGCCGAUAAAUGUAAUUCAACCUCCUCUACUUGCAAAAUCAUACAGUACAGAGGCAUAUUUGCAGAAGGAUCCUCCAACAACAGAUGAUAAAGGCUUCAAGGGGCAUGAUAUGCUGGCGCCUUUUACAGCUGGAUGGCAAACUACAGAUUUGCAUCCUCUAGUAAUCGAGAAGUCAGAGGGAUCAUAUGUUUACGAUACCAAUGGGAAGAAGUAUCUUGAUUCUCUUGCUGGUUUAUGGUGCACGGCUCUCGGUGGGAGUGAACCUCGUCUUGUUGAUGCUGCAAUAAAACAACUAAACACGCUGCCAUUUUACCACUCCUUUUGGAAUCGAACCACAAAACCCUCUUUGGAUCUUGCUAAGGAACUUUUGGAGAUGUUUACUGCAACUAAAAUGGCUAAGGUCUUCUUCACAAAUAGUGGAUCAGAAGCCAAUGAUUCACAGGUGAAGCUGGUUUGGUAUUACAAUAACGCUCUUGGACGGCCAAACAAGAAAAAGUUCAUUGCUCGUGCAAAAUCAUACCACGGCUCAACUCUUAUAGCAGCCAGUCUUUCAGGCUUGCCUGCACUACACCAGAAUUUUGAUCUGCCGGCUCCAUUCAUAUUACAUACUGACUGCCCUCAUUAUUGGCGCUAUCAUUUGCCAGGUGAAACGGAAGAAGAGUUCUCUACCAGAUUGGCCAAUAACUUAGAAAAUCUUAUCCUCAAAGAAGGACCUGAGACGAUUGCUGCUUUUAUAGCCGAACCUGUUAUGGGUGCAGGUGGUGUGAUACCUCCACCAGCAACUUACUUUGAGAAGAUUCAAGCCGUCAUAAAAAAAUACGAUAUCCUUUUAAUUGCUGAUGAGGUUAUAUGUGCCUUUGGAAGGCUCGGAACAAUGUUUGGCUGUGAUAAAUAUGGAAUCAAACCCGAUCUCGUCUCUUUAGCAAAGGCUCUUUCUUCGGCAUAUAUGCCAAUUGGAGCUGUUCUUAUCAGCCCCAAAGUCAACGACGUUAUAUAUUCUCAGAGCAACAAGCUUGGUUCUUUCUCCCAUGGAUUCACUUAUUCCGGACAUCCUGUAUCCUGCGCUGUUGCACUCGAAACACUCAAGAUUUACAAGGAAAGAAAUAUUCUUGAUCAAGUAAAUAAAAUAGCUCCAAGAUUUCAGGAAGGUGUGAAAGCAUUCUCCAAAAGCCCCAUCAUUGGGGAGAUACGAGGAACCGGUUUGAUUCUGGGUACAGAAUUUGUAGAUAACAAGUCGCCAAAUGAUCCUUUUCCUCCUGAAUGGGGAGUGGCUGCUUAUUUUGGAGCACAGUGCGAAAAGCUUGGGAUGUUAGUACGUGUUGCCGGUGACAACAUAAUGAUGUCACCUCCGUUUAUAAUGACUCUUGAAGAAGUUGAUGAGCUGAUAGAAAUAUAUGGGAAAGCAUUGAAAAAGACAGAAGAAAGAGUGAUCGAGCUCAAAUCUCAGAAGAAGUAAUAUUUUGGUAAUGGUGAAAAAUUUGUAAAGAACACUCGGAUCUUUUCUUUUCUUGCAUUUCCUUUCUGUUGCAAUAAUAAUUGCACAAUAACCUUUGUUUUUAUUUCAUCUUUCUCUAUUUAUCUAAGAUUGUCUUUUUUCUUAUUUAA